UAUCACGAUCACAAUCUUUUCAAGAAAAUACAAAUUCAAUAUUUAAUAUUGAACAAGAUAAAGAAAAUCAACCAAAUGUAACAGUUAAUAUUGAAAGUAUUGAGGAGUUGAAAAAUUAUGAAAAUAGUAACGAUAAUGACUCAGAUGAUUUAUAUAAAAACUAUGAGCUAUAUCUUACUAAAGCGCUUAAAAUU